AUGGCGAAAGCAGGCGGUAUGAGCGGCACGGGUGUCAGCCCCAAGGCAACUGGCACUGUAUUCCGCAAGUCAGCCAAGAGAUCCAAGACUCAAUCUGUGCCUGAAGAUAAGGAGUCAGGUGAAAAGCCUGUGAAGCGUGUCAAAGUACCGCCACCUCCAGCGGGCGCCAAGGCGGCGACGAAGCGUUCUCCACCUCACAGCACGCCAAAGCCCUCCAAGAAGGGAUCUACUGUUGCCCAUAAGCCGAAUUCGUCUUUGGAGAAGGUGCCCAUGAAGGCCAAGGUGGGGGAUGUGCCCCUCAAAAAGCGUGAGCUUAGCAAGGCCGAGGCAACCAUGCCAACGCACGCCGAGCCAGCGACUGUAGAGACGAGACGCGAGGUCUCGGCCAAGAAUCCAGAGAAGUCCAAGAAAGAGAUGGCACCACAGCCAUCCUCAAAUGGCUUCCGCAUCGUGGCGGGGUCGUACGAGCGCUUCCUUUAUGGUCUGGAGGGUUCCUUGCACCACACGGCCAACGACACGUAUGAGGCAACACUUGUGCCCCGCUUCGUAUUUCCUGCGCAUGUGUCGUCGGUGCGCUCGGUGGCUUGCGCCGGUCGCGACUCCAAGUGGCUCGUGACAGGUGGUGUGGACGAGACCAUCAAGGUGUGGGACUUGCGGCGCCGCAAAGAAGUUGGCGCUUUGACAGGCCAUGAAGGCACCAUUACCUCGCUCUCUUUUCCAUCACGCACUUUCAUGCUGUCCACGUCGGAAGACGGUACCAUUAAUCUGUACCGCACACGCGACUGGGCCCUGCUGCGUACGCUCCGCGGACACACUGGCCGGAUCAAUUCGGCCAGCGCUCACCCCAGUGGACGUGUGGCCCUGUCGGUGGGUGCUGACCGCACAAUUCGCCUCUGGGAUCUGAUGCGAGGCGUCGGAUCUGCGUCCGUGAAGAUCGGCAUUGAGGCAGAUCGUAUUCUGUGGGAUACACAGGGUCGGCGCUUUGCUGUGCUCGCAGGCCGCCAAGUGAUGCUAUUUGGCACGGACAUGUCCAAGUUGGCUGAGGUGGAGCAGUCGAAGCGCCUGCACGAUGUGUACUUUGUGCGGGCUCCGGUGAACGGCGCCGUGCACGAGCUGAUGCUUGUGGCCAGUGAGGACGGCCAAGUGCAUGUGUACGACUUGGAUGAUCUCCAAGACACGGACGACGGUGCCACGCCACGGGCUCUUGUGCGACUUGUGGGGCACAAGAACCGCGUGCGCAGUGCACAGGCGACGCCGGUGUGUGCGGACGACGGUACUGAGCAUGUCGUGGUGACGACGAUCAGCUCUGAUGGAUUCAUCCGAGUAUUUGAUCUCGACGCAUCGAGUGACGCCGAUUUGGAGGCCAUCGGCGAAUAUGACACAAAAAAGUCGCGCUUGACUUGUCUCAGUGCUGUGGGCUACGAUGAACUGGCUUCUACAGGUGACAUCGACGAGGUACCGGCUGACGAAGACGCACUGGACGAUGACGAAGAGGACGAUGGUAUGGACGCGACCCUCGAUGAGGAUGUCGGCGAAGGCGACGUUGACAUCGACGAAGACACCGACGAGGAACUGUCUCGACUUGAGGAGGAAGUUCGUCAAGCACGUGCGGCGGGUAUAAUUGUCGAGGGUAUGGACGACGAAGACGAAGACGAACAGGAAGAUGAAGACGAGUACGAAGAAGAGGACGAGUAG